ACCGCCAUCUUGGGUCCAUGGCGCCAUGCCUAUCAAUUUGGAACAGAGCACGGAGUGGCAGUUGGAUGAAACCGUACCUACGGACGCCAUUGAAUGGUGCCAUCGGACACUUCGUGGUGAUCAGCCUCCCAAGAUAUGAACUGCCCAGCUUACCUUAUUAUUCUCUUAUCUGCAGCAAGCCUUGCGUUAUCCCAGAAUCAGACUCCGUCCCGUCGCUUGCUACGCAUCGGAUUCGUUAAGCCGGCUUGUGGGUGCUGUCGGGGAGGGUUUACCCUAGGUAGGUUUGCCUUUUCUUUUCGAAUCAGUGUAAAGGGGGGGUCGUCUAGGUCAUGCGAAGUCUCAAGGCAGGUACCAAGCUAGGUAAAUAGCAUGAGCGCGGCAAGGCUUGAGAUAAAAGAGAAUCUAUAUACCCUUACAAAG